AUGAAUAUGAUGAAGAAAGUGAUGGUAAUAAAUGUAGAGAAAGAGUUCAAUUUGGAGAAGUCAGUUUGUAAUCAUGGUUUCUUCAUGAUGCUCCCUAACCAAUGGGCUCCUUGUUCAUAUUCAUUUCGACGCCCUUUACGACUCGCUGAUGGCUGCUCUUCUGUCAUGGUCUCUAUCUCAUCCUCAACAUUAGAUCAUCAGCAUUUAAUUAUACGCGCUGAGAAACCCGCCUCCCUAUCCGACUCUGAUCGGGACCUCAUUCGGAAACAAGUUGUACGCAUGCUGAGAUUAACAAACAAGGAUGAAAUUGAUGUAAGGAAAUUCCAAGAGGCACAUCCUCAAGCAGCAAGUAAAGGAUUUGGCCGUCUUUUUCGCGCUCCUGAUUUGUUUGAGGAUAUUAUCAAGGCUAUUCUUCUUUGCAACACAUCGUGGAACAGAACACUAGAAAUGUGUCAAUAUCUUUGCGAGCUUCAAGCUGAACUUCACUCGGGUAUGCAUAAAGAUGUUCUUCUAGCUCAAGAUUGUAAUAAGUCUGCUGAUACAACUGUUAGACCAAGAACAAUCAACGAGUACUUUCGUAGUUGCAAAAGAUCAACUUCCAAAAUUAAUCUCAGAGCACUUGGAAACUUUCCAAGCUCAAAAGAGUUGGCUGGUCUAAGCGAGGAAUUUCUUAAACAGCGUUGCAAUCUUGGGUUAAGAGCAAAAUUCAUCAUUGAAGUGGCUAAUUUGGUGGAGAAUGGUGAAUUAAACCUUGGAGAUCUAGAGCUCGAGCUUGAGGAAAGUUUUGAUGAAGCUUCCUAUGAUAAUAACAUUCGCGAUAAGUUGAUGGCAUUGAAAGGAGUCGGUCCAUUUGCCACCAACAACAUUUUAAUGUGUAUGGGAGACUAUCGAAACAUCCCUAUAGAUACUGAAACAAUCAAGCAUUUGUGUGAGGUACAUGAUAGGAAGGAUGCCAGACAAGUUUAUGAUAAAUUUGCGCCUUACCAAUGCUUAGCUUACUGGUAUGAAUUAGUGGAAUCUUAUGAGAGGAAACUUGGGCAGAAACUAAGCAAAUUAUGUCCUUCAAACUAUCACAAGGUAGCUACUAGCUACUUGUCCUCCAACACUAACAAGGAAAAAGAAAGCACAUCUACUGUCACAGCAACAAAAAGAAAGAGGUCUAGCUCGCGAUGACCAUGUAUCGCGCUGCAGCCUGCAAGCUUACUUGUGGCUUCAUUGCUAACAUUCAGACUAGCUUUUACUAUGCAGUAGACACCUGAAAAAACGCAAUUAACACGCCUGACUAGUACUGCCAUUAUUAUUAAUUAGAGCUAGCUAGCAUGCCUUUCUAAUUUGUUUGACAGAUAGUGUGUCUAAAUUCUCUGUUUAAUAGUUGGAAUUUUUGAUUUGUUGAAUUAGUUUGUGGUUCACUUCCAUAGAGAUUUUAACCUAGAAUGGAUCUGU